AUGCGACGCGCCCAGACCAAAGGUAGCCACUACGUCGAGCUGCUGGAGCUCGCUCGCUGCGACGGCAACUGGGAUGCCGUUCCCGAGCUCGUCCGCAAGGUCCGAAAGCAUGCACCGGAGAGAACUUACUCAUAUCCUCUCCCUCCAGGCCUCACACUGGCCGCCGAGACCGAAUGCGUCAUUUCGAAGGCGACGACGGCCGGCGCUCGAACCUCUGGCGUCGUUCCAGACCUCGACAUCUACGCCAGAGUCCCCCAGCUCCUGACCGCCAUAGACGAGGAGCGGGUACAUGUCGAAGAAAAAUUCCAAGCCCAAGUCUGCGUCGGCUGGCUGCACUGGGUCGUUGGAGAAUACAGUCUAGCCAUCGUUCGCCUGCCGAAGCGGCUCGAGGAAUUUGGCACCGGCCUUGACCCGGCCAGUUUGACGUUCGAAUGGACCCAUGUAUGCGCCUUGAAGUCUGCCUACCUGAGGGCGAACUGCCUCAUGCGCGAGUCCAAGAGGAAGGAGGCCCUCGCUGCGCUCGAGUCUGUCGUGCCGGCGCUGAAUCGCGCCUUGACGAGCGAGGUCCGAAAGCAGCUGCGCUAUUGGUCCGAGCUUUUUCUGACGGAGCUCUGUCUGCUUUUGAGCGAUGCCAUUGACGACGGCGAGGCACCCUUGGAUGACGCCCUCACGCUCGCGCCACUUCGCAAUUGGGCCAGGUACUGGGAGGCCAUGCGGGCACCCAAGCCGGGAGGCUACGGCUUCAAAGGUUCCGUUCCGCGAAGGCAGAUCUGGCUCGUCUACUACAUGGCUCUCUCGUGCAUCUUGAAAAACAACUUGCCUUACGAAGCCGGCUUCGUCGAAGGCUUGCCCUUGCCUACCGGCGUAUCAUGGCGCAGUCAGCUUCGGGCCGAGCUCAAAUACGUCGAGAUGACGUACCGCACAAUGCUCCUGGCCGAAACCCAUUUCCCGCGAGCGGAUGAAGAAAGAAGCGAAGUGGAGGCAUUGGUCAAGCAAGUGAUGGAGAACUGGUCCAUUCUGUGCGGCCGAGGGUGGCGAGAUGACGACUUGGGCCACGGGGGUCGUGCCGCCAUCAGCCGUGGCGUUCUCGAUACCCUCUACAGCGCGGCGACUAGGACGUACCACUCGAACGCGAUCCUCCGCUCCCUCUUCACCGUUCACCUGUCCGUGGCCGAGUUCGACCUCGCCUUCAAAGCGCUGGAUUCCUAUCUUGGCAUCGUCAAGAAGAGCAAGGCUAGGGCGGAUAAGACAGGUGAGGUAGAGGCGAACAUGGACGACGACGGAACGAUUCUAGAGAUCAUGUCUCUCGGCAUCAUGGCUCUCUGUCGCUAUGGGAACGAGCAAGCCGGGGAAAAAGCACGACACCUCGGCGGGCAGCUCGAGGACUGGCUGUCCAAACUGACGCGACUCAAAGAUGGCGAAGACGCUCAAGGCAGAACGUCGGAGGAUAUGAGGAAGAGUGAUUCGUCGCACCCCGUGGCACCAUCCACACUGGCAUUGGCCUGGCAGGCCAUCGGCCUCUCCCAUGCCCAUUGGUCGAGGCUGACGCACGAAGCCGGGUCGAGGAUGGAAAUACAAUCCAAAGCCAUCCGCUGCCUACGGCAGUCGUUGGCUGCAGAGCGUGGUCGGCCCAACGAUGUCCGAGGCUGUUUCUGCCUCGCCCUCCUUCUCGCCGAGCGACGGGAGCUGACGACGGCAGUGGAGCUCACGAAGACGGUACUCCUGUCCAGCAAGAAGGCGGACGAAAGCGGGAGGCUUCAAUACGGAUCGCACUGGCAGGAGAGGAGCCUCAUCCCGCUGUGGCACCUGCUAGCACUGCUGAUGAGCGCCAGGCAGGACUACGCCAUGGCCUUCAUGGCAUGCGAGGCCGCAUUCGAGCAGUUUGAGGAUCCCACCAUGCUUUUCGGCAGCACGGACGCCAAUUUCCGCAGCGAGCAUCUCAACGACGCCGGCGUCGGCGGAGCCUUGCCGGAGUCUAGACGCGGAUUGGUGGACGAGAUGGACGACGGGGAGAGGGAGGCCAUCUUGGAAGUCAAGAUGACGCAGCUGGCCCUCACCGAGCUGACGGAAGGCCCAGAAACGGCGGUCAACUCGAGCCACGAAUUGCUGACGCUGUUCUCGCGCCUGUUCGGCAAUGUCACGGCAGAGGAGGUCACGGGCAGGCACAGGCCAGCACCACCGAAGUCGUCGGGAACGUUGCGGAGCAUGAGAGGCAGCAUCUUCGGGACCAAGGUCGACCGGUCGAGACCGCCAACGAGAGACCCGAGCGCUUCGACGAUCAGCGAGAAAUCGGGGGUCAUGGUGUCGAGACCAGCGACGGCGCAGGGCAAACCGAUGAUCCAGGUGACGGAGGAGGAGAACGGCAACCACGACGGCGGGCCAAAGUCGCGGCGGGCCAGCUCUACGCAUGGACUGGGGAGCGCACCCAGGAGGAGAAACAGUCUCAAGAAAAGAAACCGGAGCGGAAGCGAGGCCAGGAUGGACAGCCAAGGGGGGACUUUGCAGGAGGCAACCGCCUCGGACGGGGACACCUACUUCACGUCUGCGGCCGAGCCCGACCUGGCAGGUGCCUUUUUCUUGCCGAGCAAGCCCUCUGGUGCGGCGCUGCUUCCGUCGAACGGGAAAGCGGCGGUAGCGACGGCCACAGGGUCGAAAAGCGCCGAGUGCGCGGAGACGUCGGCGGAAGGGUCGUCGGCGUCGCCACCCUUGCUUCCGUUGGUGCAGUUCUCCAAGGAGAAGCAACGGGCGCAGCGGGUGACGAUCUUGGUCAAAGUCUGGCUCACGAUCGCGGGCUUUUAUCGUCGCGCGCAGAUGCUCGACGAUGCGAAGGGUGCCAUUGCCGAGGCCCAGAAGCUCGUUCAGGCGUUGGAGUCGGAAGCGAGCGGAGAUUCGCUGCGCGGUCGAGGUGGCGGGUCCCAGGCCGGUGCCGGCUGGGCGGAGACGAAGAGCAUCGACGAACUGUGGGGUGACGUCUGGUCGGAGCUCGGCCUUGUGUCUGUGGCGCAGGACGACCCGGUCACCGGCCGGUCCGACUUUGAGUAUUCCCUGACGCAUUGGCCUAAUCAUCCGGUGGCGACGGUCGGACUCUGCAACAUCCUGCUGGACAUUUACAGCGAAGAGAUUCUCCCGACGCCGGCGAUGGCGCCGCUCGAGAGUGGCAUGGACGGGGAUGGCGGCGAGUCGUGGGCGUCGUCGGAGCCGAGCAAGAGGCCGAAGGGUGAGACGACCGAGGGCCUGCCGUCCACCCCCCUCGGACUCGGGCCGUCCUUUGGCGACAGCUUGACGCCGGCGACUCGGGCGCAGGCGACAACGUCCCCGGGUGACGACGGCAACGACGACGAGCUUCCCGCCCCGUACAAGGCGUCUCGGCUGCCCCUCGUCGACCGGCUCGCGGCCCGCGAUCGUGCGUUCACCCUGCUGUCGGGCCUGACGCGGCUCGGCAGCGGGUGGAGCUAUUCGGAUGCCUGGUUUGCCCUCGCGCGCGCGCACGAGGAGAGCGGACAGGCGGACAAGGCAAAGGAGGUGCUGUGGUGGUGCGUCGAGCUCGAAGAGGCCAUGGGCGUGCGGGACGUGCGUUGCCUCGGGGGCGGCCGCUACGUGACGUAG